AACUGCCAAUAAACAAGAAGAAGAAGAAGACGUUGAGCUUCAGGAAGCAAGCAACGAUCAACCAAGCUUCCAGGGUUUAUUGUAAAUAUCCCAAUAUUCAAUGGAAAGGGAUGUUUUAGUAUAUGUAAGGCCCGACCUUAAGUUAUUUUUGUGAAAAGUCACAUGUUGUUGGACAGCGGCAGCAGAUGCUAGGGUAGCUAUUGUAGCGCGACACGCGCAUUGUAACCACGGCAACCAAACAGCUUGUUGAGAAUUUUGCAGCGUUUGUAAAUAUGGAUGACAGUCAAGCAGGGACAGAUUCACCAGUAUCCUCGACUGGAUUCUCUGAAAACAGGAGAACUACAACCAGACACAGAGAUGUGUUUACUGGUCUCUGUUCAAGUGGACUGAGAUUUUCCAAGGACUUUCUGAUGAUGCCUCCCGAAGAAAAGCUUAAAUAUUUUACUAUUAAUGCUCAAGACAGUGAGGACAAGCAAAGGUUUGACGCUUGCAUCCAGGACCUGGUGCGAUGUGUGGCUCUAACCAGGCUUGUUUAUGGAGAGAGACAUCUAAAACUUGCCCAGGCUCACGCCAGACUGGCUAAAGCAUAUUUACAGUUCAAAGGUUGGGGGCUGCAGGCUCAGGAACACGUAAUCAAAGCCAGAGACCACCUACCCGUCUGCUCUUCCUGCAGAGAUGAAAAGCUCGACGUUCUCUUGUGUCUCCUGAGUGUGAAUCUCACAGAAGGAGCUGCUUCACUUCUUACAGACAAUUUAGAGGAGGCAGACUCAUCUUUACUCAAGGCAGAGCAAAUCGUGGAGGAGCUUCAUCAACAAGAUGUUAUUAACCAAGAAGAGAAGAGAGAAACUCGCCUGGAGAUCAGCAGUGGUUUAUACAGGGUCUAUAGGAGGCAGAACCGCCCAGAAGAGGCAUUAAACCAGUGUAAAAAGUCUUUGCAGCUGCUCAAAGACUGCAAUCAGCCCGAGAAAACUUGUGCCAUCUAUAAAGACAUGGCUGCCACUGAACAAGACAGAGGUCAUAUGGACCGAGCUAUAGAGCAUCUCUCCAAGGCUCAUGCCAUUGCUAUGAGUCACAAUCCAGAGGGGCUACAGGGGGCUCAGAUCUCCCACAGUCUGGCCAUGAUCCUUUCUACUGCAGCAGAGCCCCAUCACAAUGAUGCAGCUGCAGGUCAGUACUUUAAACAGAGUCUGAGUGCUUACAGGAGCUCUGUAGGCCUGCAGGAUCCAGCUUUCCUCACUGCCCAGGAUGAUUUCUGUCGCUUUCUUCUCAUUAAUGGACAGCAGGAGAAAUGCAUGGAGAUCCAAAGAGCCUCUCUUGAUUCUAAAAGAGCUGCAUUUGGUGACCUGAGCGUUGAGGUAGCAGACACUCUUCAGCUGAUUGGAAGUGUGGAGAUGACAGAGGGCCAGAUGAACCAGGCCCACAGAACCAUGACAAAGUGCCUGAAGAUUCAGAGCUUGUUACACGGUCCUCAGCACAAGAAAGCAAAAGCUGUGCAGAGAGCUGUGGACAUGCUGGAGAGGACAACAGAGGUGGUCGAGAGGCAGCAGAGACAAGCCAGAAGGAAAAAAAAAGUCUGACACAUUUACAGUUAUACCAUCCAGGGGUAACAAUGAAAAACUCCAUGUCUGACUAAAAUGUUGGUUUGAGUCAUCAGAUAUAAAUAUGCAUUGAUUUGUAAAUAACUCUACAGAGAACCACUUUUUAAAAUCAGUUUGUAUUUUCUGUUAUGUAAUGUGAAAGAAAAACUCGAACCAAACAUUCCCACAGUAUCUUUUAAUGAUGUAGUAUUCAUCCAUUUUAGCCAAAUUUUUUCAUUAAACAGAAAUUAUUCAAACAAAA